AGCUGCGACUGCCGAUAAGGCGGCGGCCGUUGCAACGAACGACGCGCGCGAAGGAGUACGCGAGGAGGUGUAGGUAGUCGUCAAGAAAGAAACAACAUGGCCGACAGAGGAAACAACGGUGGCGGUGGCGGAGAGCCGGACCCUCGGCUUUCGGCGCCCCCGGGUCCACCGCCCCCGGGUUCGAAGCAGUCCUCGCGCACUCGGCCCGUUUACGUCGGAAAGAAAGGCGGCGGCGGCGGUGGAAACCCGUGCGGAUUCACCUGCCUGAAGUACUGCCUCUUUAUCGUCAACCUCGCCGUGUGGCUUCUGGGCUUGGCCCUGAUCGUGGUGUCGGCGGUGGCGCUGGCGGGAUCCUCUGCGGAAGAAGCCCCGUUGCCCGGACUACAGAGUGUGCGCAGCGCGGCGGCCACCGCCCUCUUCCUGGGCUGCCUGCUCUUCAUCGUCGGCUUCCUCGGCUGCUGUGGGUCCCUGAGAGAGUCCAAGGCACUGCUCAUAGGAUACUUUGCCAUCUUGCUGAUCGUCUUGAUAUUCGAAAUCGCAGUCUUGGGUCUGGCGUUCGCCUACGCCAACAGCUCAGCGAUGGAGGAGGCCCUGAACAACCAAUUCAAGGACAUAAUCACAGGUGGCCGCCGGGACAAAGACCCCUGGCAGCAGGAGAAGGACAUGAACAUGGUGCUCUACGUGCAAGCUGAAUUCCGUUGCUGUGGAGGACGAGGUGUCCAGGACUACAGCGAUAGUGGCGUGGAGAUCCCACCAAGCUGCUACGACAACCGCGACAUACAGCGACCUUAUCUCUUCGAAACGGGCUGCUCAAAAGCGAUGAAGAACUAUGUUCUGCGCAAUGGACUGGGGAUAGGCCUCGUCAACCUGUUUACCCUACUCGCCCAGAUCGCCGCCAUGAUUUGCUCCUGUCUUCUCAUCCAAGGCAUCAAGAAAGUGCAUAAAGAUGCAUCCGGGGCCUAGAGCCAG